AUGUCAGCGGCGGGCCUGGAGGCGGGCCUGGAGGUCGCGAUGUCGCGCUUCGUCUCAUCGCUGCGUCCGCGGCAGACGGCUGCUCCCCUCGCGGCGCCGCUGCUCCCCGUGCAGUGCGCCGCCCAUCACGAUGGCGACGCCUCCGCCGAGUCGCGGCCGCCGCUCGCCGGAAGCGUGGGGGCGGCUGCGCGGGAGCGCGUGCCGCUGCUGGACAACGCCAAGGCGGCGCUCAUCUACCUCGUUGUCGUGUACCACACGCUCGUCGUCUACACGUCCGCCGACCGGCCUGAAGGCAUCGCUCCUCCCGCGUGUGGCAUCAUCCCCGUCUGGUCGGCCGUGCUCGCCCUCCUCAAGCCCGUCGUGAUGCCUUCCUUUUGCCUCAUCUCUGGCCACCUGUCGUGCGCCACACUGUCCGCACGCCGCGGCUACGAGCUCUGCCAGCUGGUCGCCGCCUACCUCCUCUUCCAGACCCUCUACCACACAAACAACCUCCUCGCCUACCGCCUGAACGGAUUCGCCUUCCGCGCGCUGCCGCUCCAGCUCGGCUGCGCCUCCUUCCUCGUCGCCGCCUCCGCCGGCACGGUCGCCCUCGCCCGCCGCGGCGAGCGCGGCUUCGGCGGAGUCACCUUUGCCGACGCCUUCGCCGGCGUGAGCGAGACGUACGACUGCUUCAACGGCUUCGCGCCCGACGCGGCGAGGCGGCGCGGAGGCUGCGCCACGCUGCGCGCCGCCGGACAGCGCGCAGCCUUCUACGCCGCCUCCGCCCCGCUGAUGGCGGGAUUCUUCUCCGUGCUGCCCCGCGCCGCCGGGUGGUGGUCGCACCCGGGCCACAUGUCAAUGUUCAUCUACCUGCUCCACCCGCUGCUCAUCACCAACCCGUACGUCAUGCGCGCCGUCUUCGAGCGGCUCUCCGCCCUCAGCGGGCGCGAGGUCAACGUCUGGUCCCCCGCCGACGACGGCGCGGUGGUGAGCGCCGUCCUCCCCGCGUCGCUCGCCGUCUGCGCGCUGCUGUCGACGCCGCCAGUGCGCCGGCUGUUGGGGGAGGGCGGCUCGAGCUAG